CAGGUCUUACAGCUGCACCUAUACGAACAGGACGCUGCCAAGAUGUCCGAGUGGAUAGCCCACAGUAAGGAUCUGUUCCUGCAGAGUCAGACAGAGGUUGGCCUCAACCACCAGCAUGCCCUGGAACUCCAGACCCAGCACCAGCACUUCACCAUGAACUCUAUGAAUGGGAGUGUGAACGUGGACGGGGUGGUCUCCGUCUCGACGCGGCUGUGUGAGGGGUGUCACUACGGAGCGGAGCGGAUCACGUGUGUCUCGUCACGGCUCCAGGAGGACUGGAAGGGGCUGAUAUCAGUGCUGGAGGAACGCAGCAACACACUGGUCAUGUCCACCGACUUCCACCAGGGAGCGGAACAGUUCCUGGGGCAUGUGGAGCGCUGGUGUGAGGCGUGUGCGACGACUCUUUGA